CAUCUGCUACCUUCAAUUCAUAUACAUUGCGUUCUAAAGACUAAGAUAACCUGCACAAACAGGUAAAGGUAGAAAGAGAAAGAUGUUUCCAACAGGAUACACCUCGGAUGGAGUAUAAAAGGACAGUAAAGCAACUACAAGGACAUCAUUCCGAUACAAAUACUCAUCGAGUACAGAUAUACCUUCUCUUUUAAAAACUUUAUAUUUUUAUAAACAAAAAUUACGAAAAUGGAAUACGUAUCAAAGACACAACUUUAUCUUAAAGUGAAAAAACCUCUGUUGGAACGACAACGUCGUGCACGCAUCAACAAGUGCCUGGAUUCAAUGAAACAAAUCAUUGCUGAGCUACAGAACGACAAUGCAAUCCUACGCAUGGACAAGGCCGAGAUGUUGGAAGCAACAAUCGCUCAUCUACGUAAAACACAAUGUAUUGACAAGCAAAUCAAACAACAAGUACCUGUCGAUGGAUUUCGCAAUGGAUACGUUAAUGCUGCAAACGAAGUCUCACGUGUUUUGGCCUCAACUCGAGGAUUAAGUGCAGAAUUGGGAAAGGCUAUUAUGACACACCUUGGCUGCCGAUUUGUCCGAUUGCAGGAAAUGCACCAUCAACAGCAGCAGUUGAAAAUUGCUAACCAUCAGAGGACAAAUUACACGCAACAAUUGACUGUAGACAUCUCGUCAGCACCACUUAGUCCUGCUUCAUCCGGUUAUCAUAGUGACAAGGGUAGUCCUGCUUCAUCGCCUGCAGGCUCAGAUAAUUCAGAAAUUUGGCGCCCCUGGUAA